AUGCACAGACUCAGAGAUUCUUUGAAAAAGCUGCCACAAAAGCAAAUUGGGCUGCUGGCGCUGCUGCUCUAUGUGCCGGUGGGGCUGUGCCUGCUGCUGGUGCGGCUCUUUGUGGGGCUGCACGUCUUCCUGAUCAGCUGUGCGCUCCCGGACGGCGCCCCACACAGGUUCCUGGUGCACGCCAUGUGCUCCGUGCUGGGGCCUCUUCGUGUGGCAGAGGGCCGCGCAGCACCCGUGCCCGCGUCCUGGUGGGCCAACCACGUCACACCCUUUGACCACAACGUCCUGGGCCUGCUGGCCUCCUGCAGCGCGCCCGUGCUGAACAGCGCCGCCGGCUUCCUCUGAUGGUCCCGUGUCUUCCUGGAGGUGGCCGGCGCCGAGAGCCACGCGGAGCUGCUGGAGUCGCUGAAGGGCUACUGCUUGCAGGGCGGCAAUCCGCCGCUGCUGCUCUUCCCCGAGGAGGAGACCACCAAUGGCCGGGUGGGCCUGCUGCGUUUCAGCUCCUGGCCCUUCUCCAUCAUGGACGCAGUGCAGCCAUUGGCUCUGCAGGUCUGGAGGCCCUUCGUGGCUAUGAGCGUGGCUGGCGCUUCCUGGUUCACUGAGCUGCUUUGGACUUUCUUCGUUCCUUUCACCGUUUAUCAAGUAAAGUGGCUUCCCUCUGUGUACAGAGAAGCCGAGGAGACCCGAAGAGUUCAAGAGCUUCUAGCUGUGGAGUUGGGUGUGGUGUCUACGUGCCUCACAGCCGCUGACAAAUUGUCUCUCUGCCCCGCUUCCAAGUGACUCUGGGGGAAGGGGUCUCUCUGCCCCCCCUUUCCAAGUGACUCUGGGGGAAGGGGUCUCUCUGCCCCCCUUCCAAGUGACUCUGAGGGAAGGGGUCCUGUAUUUAGGGGGUGGUGGGUGUCAGGUGCUGAAUAAGGAAACGCGCACCCACCAUUAGGGUCCUGCCACCUGGGCUUGCAUUCCUUGGUGGUGGCAAUAUGUCCCCAGGGGGGCAAAAGCUAGGUAGGUGGGAGGUUGGAUUGUCACUGCCCUAAGG